ACUGGACGGAGGGCCCGCAGUGCCAGCGCUGCCGUCCCGGCAGUUUCGGUCCCGGCGGUGCCGGCGACUGGACGGAGGGCCCGCAGUGCCAGCGCUGCCGUCCCGGCAGUUUCGGUCCCGGCGGUGCCGGCGGUUGCCGUCCCUGCGCCUGCCACGGCCACGGCGACCCCGAGCGCGGCUUCUGCCACCGCGGCUCCGGCGUUUGCCACUGCCUGGCCCCCACCACGGGCGUGCACUGCGACAGGUGCGCACCUGGGUACUACGGGGACCCCAGGCACGGGGGUGUUUGCGUUCUCCGCUGCCGGGGCCGGCAGCUGCUGCCCCUGACGGAGCCUCUGGAGCUGGGCUGGAGGGGGGGGGAUGGGCAGGAGCCCCUCCCCCACUGCCUUUGGCUGCUCUCGGUUUCGGGGGGACCCCGGCCCUGCCCCCGCCCCGGCCCCGAGUGCCCCCGGAUCGGGCUCAGCCUCAGGGCAGAGGGGUCCUGCCAGGGCAGUUUCGUCUACGCCUUCGAUGGGAUCCCGGCGCUGCUGGAUGGGGGAGGGGUGCAGGGAGACCCCACCCUGAUCGGGGCCCUCUGUGGGGGAGGGGCCCCCCACAGCCUCGAGCUGGAGGCCAAGUCAGGGAUUUUGGUUCUUUAUUACGAAUCCAACGGGACGGAGCCGGGGGGGUUCCGGGCUCGGGUGGAGCCCCGGCCCUGCCCCCCCCACUGCCCCUCCCCCACCCUGGGGUGCCCAGGGGGGUGUGGGGGAGGGGAGUGCAGGAAGGACAGGGGGGUCUGCGAGUGCCCCGAAGGUUUUGGGGGUCCCAACUGCUCCACCCCCAUCGGGCCGGGGUCCAUCGUGUGGGAGCCCCUGGUGGGAGACACCCCUGAGGAGGACUCCCCGAGCCGCUUCCUGCGCCGCCUGGGCCACAGCCUCGUGCCCGGCCCCAACGAGACCCUCUGGCUCUUCGGGGGGCUCAGCCUGGCCCACGGACCCCUGGCCUCCGUCUACAGGUUCUCUCUCCGCGAUCGCCGCUGGACUCAGGUGUUGGCGGGGGAGGGGGAGGGCGGCCCCGGCCCCUCCCCCCGGUACCUGCACGCGGCCGCCGCCCUCCCGGGGGGAGGGGCCCUGCUGCUGGUGGGGGGACUCACCUGGACAGGUGUGAGCCAGGACACCUGGAUGCUGAACCUCAGCUCCCUGCAGUGGAGACGGAUACAGGCUCCGCAGGUUCCGGCGGUGGCCGGGCACUCGCUGACCGCCGGGGGCUCCCGGGGGAUUUUUUUGGUCGGGGGCUUCUCCCCCCAAAACGGCUUCAACACCGAGCUCUUCAUCUUCGACCCCCGCUCCGAAAAUUGGGGGGUGGGGGUCCAGGCUGGGACCCCCCCCACAGGUAUUUAUGGUCACUCAGCCUCGUUCCACGAGCCCUCGGAGUCUCUGUUCGUGUUUGGGGGGCAGCGAUUCCACGUGGAGCGCGUCGCCCCCAGCGCGGAGCUCUACAGCCUUCAUCUUCCUCGCCUCACCUGGAGCCUCCUGGCACCGGCCAGGGGGGAAAAGCCCCGACCCCAUUUUUUCCACGCUGCCGCGAUUUUGGGGGACACCCUGGUGGUCCUGGGGGGUCGCAGCGACCGCCGGGAUUUCGGCAACGAGGUCUUGCUCUACCAAAUCCGCUGCAAUUCCUGGAUCCUGCCCCCCCACACGG